AUGGGGAAGGAGCAGGAGCUGCUGGAGGCCGCUCGGACCGGCAACCUGCCCGCCGUCGAGAAGCUUUUGUCUGGGAAACGUCUUAGCUCGGGUUUUGGGAGCUCCGGCGUCGGAGGAGGAGGAGGAGGAGGAGGUAGCGGCUCCGGUGGGGGAGGCGGUGGAGGAGGCAGCGGGAGUGGAGGUGUGGGGCACCCGCUGUCCAGUCUCCUCAGCAUCUGGAGAGGGCCAAAUGUGAACUGCGUGGACAGUACUGGAUACACUCCCCUGCACCAUGCUGCUUUGAAUGGUCAUAAGGACGUUGUGGAAGUUCUGCUGAGGAAUGAUGCCCUCACCAAUGUUGCAGACUGUAAGGGCUGUUACCCUCUUCACCUGGCAGCUUGGAAAGGAGAUGCAGACAUCGUGAAGCUCCUCAUCCACCAAGGCCCUUCACAUACAAAAGUGAAUGAGCAGAAUGCUCUUGAGAUCAAAGAACUCAAAAAGUACGGCCCCUUUGACCCAUAUAUCAAUGCCAAGAACAACGACAACGAGACGGCGCUGCACUGCGCGGCGCAGUACGGCCACACCGAGGUGGUGAAGGUCCUUCUGGAGGAGCUGACCGACCCCACCAUGCGCAACAACAAGUUUGAGACCCCUCUGGACCUGGCAGCUCUUUAUGGGAGGCUGGAAGUGGUGAAGAUGCUCCUGAACGCUCACCCCAACCUUCUAAGCUGCAACACUAAGAAACACACUCCCCUGCACUUGGCAGCUAGGAACGGUCACAAAGCGGUGGUCCAUGUUCUCCUGGAUGCUGGCAUGGAUAGCAACUACCAGACUGAGAAAGGCAGUGCUUUGCACGAAGCUGCUUUGUUUGGCAAGACAGAUGUGGUACAAAUAUUGCUGGCUGCAGGUAUUGAUGUGAACAUAAAGGAUAACAGAGGCCUGACAGCUCUGGAUAUUGUGAGGGAGCUUCCUUCUCAGAAAAGCCAACACAUAGCAGCUCUUAUUGAAGAUUACACCAUUGGGAAGAAGAGUGCCAAGGCUGCAGAGAAGAGUGUCCAAGCACCCCUUGCUCCAGCCACUGACCCUGUGUGCCAUGUAUCUCAGGGUGAUGUGGAGAAGGCAGUGACUGAGCUGAUCAUCGAUUUUGAUGUGAACCCAGAAGAGGAGAGUCCCUAUGAAGCUUUGUACAACGCAACAUCCUGCCACUCCCUGGACAGCCUGGCCAGUGGGAGAUCCUCAGACCGGGAGUCUGGGAACAAGGAAGCAGAGUCAACCGGUCUCAAAGCAGCAGGAGUCAGGCCUAGAGAGCGUCCACCCCCACCUGCCAAGCCUCCACCUGAUGAAGAGGAGGAUCAGCAUGUGGAGAAGAAGAUAGGCCAUAGUGCUUCCUGUGAGGCCUCUGUGGCACGAGGAAAGAGGAGGGGAAGUGGAGCUGAGGAAGAGGAACACCCUUACGAGCUGUUGCUUACAGCAGAAACUAAAAAGCCAGUGGUGGUGGAUAGGAAAACAAAAGACCACAGGAGGAGCAGUGGCAGCCGCAGCCAGGACUCUGCCGACGGGCCGGACAUCCAAGUUCCAGAGCAGUUUUCAGGGUUGCUUCACGGUUCUUCCCCGAUCUGCGAGAUAAGUGAGGACCCUUUCAGGCUCGUUUCCUCCACGGAGAAAGGAGGCACGGAAGCUACAAGCCACCCACCUGCUAUGCAGCUGGAGGAUGCUGACUUCCCUGCCUCUGGAUCAGUACGGACCAGCUCUCCGGACCAAACCCAGACGUUGGUCUACGCAACCGUCCAGCACACGCACGUCAACCGGGCGGAUCCUCAAACUCUAGUCACGCCCCACGUGCUGCAGCACCCCGGUGGUGCUGAGGAAGAGGGGGACAGAGCUGUGGGCAGAGCCCACCCAGGGAGCAAGCCCAAAGCAGAGCUGAAACUCAGCCGCAGCUUGUCCAAAUCGGACUCGGAUCUUCUGACCUGCUCCCCCACAGAGGACGAUGCCAUGGGGAGCCGCAGCGAAUCGCUCUCCAACUGCAGCACUGGGAAGAAGAGGCUGGAGAAGUCCCCGUCCUUUGCUUCCGAGUGGGAUGAGAUUGAGAAAAUCAUGAGUUCCAUCGGCGAAGGCAUCGACUUCUCUCAGGAGCAGCAGAGGAUCUCAGGUUCACGGAUGCUGGAGCAGAGUGUUGGGGAGUGGCUGGAGUCCAUUGGCCUGCAGCAGUACGAGAGUAAACUGCUUCUGAACGGCUUUGAUGAUGUCCGCUUCCUGGGCUGUAAUGUCAUGGAAGACCAGGACCUCCGGGACAUUGGGAUCACUGACCCGCAGCACCGUCGGAAGCUCCUCCAGGCUGCUCGCUCCCUCCCCAAGUUGAAACCCCUGGGCUGCGAUGGGAACAGCCAGCCUUCAGUUCCUGCCUGGCUCGACUCCUUGGGGCUGCAGGAUUACACCCAGUCCUUCCUCUCGAGUGGCUACAGCUCUAUUGACACUGUGAAAAACCUCUGGGAGCUUGAAAUAGUAAACGUGUUGAAAGUGAACCUGCUGGGCCAUCGGAAGAGGAUCAUUGCCUCCCUGGCAGACAGACCCUACGAGGAGCCACCAGCGAAGCCACCGCGGUUCUCGCAGCUGAGAUGCCAGGACUUGAUGUCCCAGUCGUCAUCACCCCUCAGCCAGAACGACUCCUGCACAGGCAGAUCUGCUGAUCUCCUGCUGCCCUCUGGGGACACUGGGAAGAGGCAACAUGACCAUGGCACCGAGGUCUCUACCUACUGCAGAGCUGAGCGCUACAAAGCACAGGAGGAUCGUCGGGAGUCCAAGCUGACCCUGCGCCCCCCCAGCCUGGCUGCCCCAUAUGCCCCAGUCCAAAACUGGCAGCACCAGCCAGAGAAGCUCAUCUUCGAGUCCUGCGGGUACGAGGCCAACUACUUGGGCUCCAUGUUGAUCAAAGACCUCCGAGGGACAGAGUCAACACAGGAUGCCUGUGCCAAAAUGAGGAAAUCCACAGAGCAUAUGAAGAAGAUCCCAACCAUAAUACUGUCCAUCACCUACAAGGGGGUGAAGUUCAUCGAUGCCUCUAACAAGAAUGUCAUUGCUGAGCAUGAGAUCCGGAACAUCUCCUGUGCUGCUCAGGACCCUGAGGAUCUCUGCACCUUUGCCUACAUCACCAAGGACCUGCAGACCAGCCACCACUACUGCCACGUCUUCAGCACCGUGGAUGUGAACCUGACAUAUGAGAUCAUCCUCACGUUGGGGCAGGCCUUCGAGGUGGCCUACCAGCUGGCCCUCCAAGCCCAGAGAGCCAAGCCUCUGGGUGCUGCAGCAGGAGAAACCAUCGAAACAAAAUCUUCCAAACCGGUGCCUAAACCUCGAGCCGGCAUGAGGAAAUCUGCAGUGCCGCUCCCUCCCGACACUCGCUGUUGUUACUGUCACACCUGUACAACACACCGCCCCUCCUACCUGCCGCUGCAGUCUGUUAGUCCCGGAGCCAAGCUGGAGCCUCCUGACGUGGACCAAGACUCCCAGUCUCAUGCCAGUGUCUCCUGGGUCGUGGACCCCAAGCAGGACUCCAAGCGGACCCUCAGCACUAAGUAUGAGACCACUAUCUUCUAAAGCAAAAACACACCCCGUGUCCACCCAGUCUAACCGUGCCUUUGCGAUCUGAUCUGUCUGCUGUUCUAAACUCCCUCUUCCUCCAGCUGCUCGCACUGAGCCCCGCCUGGGCACUACGUCCAAGGCAGCAGCACUUAGGAGACUGUAGACUUAAAUGGCUUUUGUACCUGAUCACUGCUGAACACUGUGAAUUCUCCUUACUCGGAAACAAGGGUAACACGCGGUUAGAUCCCGGUGAGGUGGGAGGUGCAGAGGGUUGCAGGCUGGGGAGGCGGAGCUGAGGAUCCAAGGAAGCCGCCUGCCGUUUUCACAUCUUUCCCCUCGCUCUGGCACUGUGAGUGCCUGGGGUUAAUGUGACACUCCCCAGGCUUUGUUUUGUUUUGUUUUCUGUUUCACCUUCUUAUCUUUGGACUGACGGAGACCUCCAGUCUCUGCUGUGCACACACUCCCUCCUCCUAGAUCCUCUUCUUCCCAACCGAGCCACGGCUGUUCCGGUGAACUCACCCCUCUUCUUACCUGCCAUUCGAAUCGACACUAACCACUGUGAUGCUGUCUGCAAAUAACACACCUUCACUAGAUUUCCUUAUGGGGAUCCUUGCCCACAGUCUCUCCCCUCAAAGCCUGGAGCAGAAAACCUGCCCUGAUGGGAGCACUGGUUUGGGCUGGGUGUGAUCAGAGCUCUGUCCCCUCUUGGAGAUGAGGUGCUGUUUUGAUUGCAUGCAUUUCAGUCCUUUGUAGGUUUUUUUUCCCCCCCCCUUAGUCCUUGUUUACACUCACCAGACUUCUUGUGAGCUAUGGGCAUAGUUCUCAUUGGGCAGAAUAUGAAGAGGUGAAGCUUUUAAAGGCAAGUGUUGUUGGCCCUGUGUUGGGAAGGAAAGAUGUUGGAGAGGUCUGAUAAAGCAGACGGAGCUCUGCUGUGCUUUGCAGGCUCCCUGCAGGGGUACUUUGUUUGCCAAAAGGAGAAAUGUGAUUGAAAUCAGUCUGCUGCCCACCCCAAAGCUUGUUUUCAAUCUACAAACCAUUGCAGGAUGAGAGCUGUAGGGAUCUUGAAACAUCUGUCACCUUCCAUCCUUGAGAGCCAGGGUUUCACUGAGAGGUGGCUCUGUCAGUGGGCACCUGUUUGUGUGUUUCUCAGUAGAAGCAGCUUUUAAUUCCAGAAUAUAACUGGGAAUCGUUUGCAUGAGACCACAGGGCACUUGGCACAGGUUGGAGCAGAGCUGGGAUAGGUCUGGGAAAGCUGUGCAGUGUUCCCCACUCCAUGAAAGCCCCAGUGAGCUGCCAGUGCUCCUACCCCUGGUUCUUUUGCUUGCAUUUGCAAAGCUGAGAGGAAACCGAGGAGGAUGAUCUGAUGAAGAAAGGUGCUGGGAGGCAGGACUCCUGCCCUGGUGCUGCUUCUCCCUGACCUGCUGUGUGUUCAAGAAGCUUCACCUCUUUACCUCGGUUUCCCCACGUGCAGGAUGGGGAUGUUCUUACCUACCUCUCGGGGGCAAGAGGUUUGCUCCGUUUGUGGAGCAGCUUUAAGGGCCCUUCAGGGAAGGACACUGCCACCUCCACAGCAUGGCAGCAGACCCCAUGGCUCAGCCUUGCUCAGGAAAACUGCCUCUUGGACCCUGACCAGCUCCUGGCAGGCAGUGGCUGUCACCCCUUUCCCAGGGAGAGGCCUGAGCAGAUGGGGCAGCAGGAGAGAGGCUGCAGCCCCGCAGUGGUUGGGCUGCAUGAAGCUGGUGUGAGUGAACUCCCUGGGGGUUUCACAUCUUGGCAAAGUCCCCUCACAGCCUGGUUUUGGAGAGCUGGUGGUGAUGGUGGGUCUGUGGUAGAGGGCUGUGAGGAAGGGUGGACAGCAGCCACCCACUCACCUCUGCUGAUGUGUCUGAGUGGACCCCAUCCCUGGAGACAUCUGAAAGGACAGAUGUGGUGCCAGGGGACAGGGUUUAGUGGUGGACACGGCAGAGUUAGAGUAGUGGUUGGACUUGAUGAUCUUGAAGGUCUUUUCCAACCAAAAUGAUACUGUGAUACAUCUUGGAUGUCAAUGGGCAGGAGGGUGUGCUCAGAUCUCCAGGAAAGCUCCAUUUCCAAAACAGCUUUUAGAAUUUACCCCAAGUCUCCCUUUGCAAUCACCAGUUGGCAUCACUGUGGAGAGUUCAGAACAGCAGCCCUGGAUUAUUUGUACCUGGUAUUUAAGGGCUAGAAGCAGCUUCUCUGUUUUACUGGAGCUUUAGAGCUGUUGCCUCAAAGCUGCUGUUUCCCCAGACUUAGGAUGAAACCUGAUGUUUCAAAAUCUUUAUUUAGCUCUUUCUUGGGGAUGAGUUUGAUCUCCCAAGUAUUUUAUGGCUUAAUGGCACUGAGCAGCAAACUGACUUCAAAAUAAGGGCCAGGCUAGUAAGGACCCAAGUGAGAAGACUCAAAGUAUUGUCUUAAAGCAAAAAUCAAAAGGAAAGUUAAACUUAAAACAUCUAUUUUAUAGCCAUAGAGCCAGCUCUCCUCUGCCUAGAGACCCCCCGAGGCAGCGGUUGCACUGCAGUUGCCCGAGGUGCUGCAGUGCCAUCCUGCCAGCUGUGGACAGCAGAAUAUUGCUGUGUUUGAGGUGCUCUGAGAGGUUGGGUUUGGGUUUGAGCAGCACCUUUCCAAGCUGCAAGAGUGCCCUGAGGCUUUCUGUAUCCUUCCAGUUGAAACUGAAUUAACCACAGGGGUGGCAGUGCCUGUGUGUAAGCACUUCCCGUGCCACUGCCCACACACGUGCCUGGUUUUAGAGGGUCUGAGGUCUUGCAUCUCCCCCUGCUUUCAGCCAGGAAGGAAGGUUCCUCAGCACCUCCUGAAGCCAGGUCCCUAGAGCAUGUGCCUUUCUAAGGGUGACCAUCCAAGCCCAGCUGGCAUCACAGGCAGCCCUGCCUAAACUACAAAGCUUCCGCUGUGUCUCCAUCACCCUCACGGCUGUGUCUCAUCUCCUGGCCCUGUGCCUUGUCUUUCCCAGCACUUGUUUUUGUAUGACUCAGAAAUCAUUCAUUCCAUUAUCUUCCUUUCUGUUUGCCUCUUGAAAAGCUGAUCUCCAGGCAGCUGUCUCCUACCACGGAAAUGUAGUAACGGGGCAGAGACCUAAGAAGCAGUGGCCUGCUGACAUGAAGAUCAUCUCCAUCUGGCACUGGUGUGGGUGCAUGGCUGCUCAGUGAGGGGCUCCCAAAGCAGAGGGGGGAAAGGGAUCCCAGCCACCAGCUGAGAAAAGCCUCUCUCUCCAUUUCUAGCAAAGGAAAGUUGAGACUUCUGAGAGUGAUGUCACCUUUUCUAGUUGGAGACAAACGCCUUUCAACCCGUUUCUUUUUACUUUUUCAAGUGUGAAAUCACACCGAGCAAAUCCAGUGUCAUGGUUGAAAUGUAGCACUGCAGGUGGGUUUUUUUUUUAAUGAGGACAAAAAAAAACAAACCCAAACAAACAUAUCCUUAUUUACUGAGAACCCAUGCAGUCCAGCAAGGAGCACAGUAGAAAGUCGUAGCAGUGGGAGUGGUGUGAGCAUCUCUAAUGGUACUUAAAUUUGCUUCAAUUCUGGGUGAACAGUAGAAAACACCAGAUUCUUGGAAAUCACUGCCUCCAGUGUGAGAAGCCUUGCAGGGUAAGUCAGCACCCUUUGUUCUCAGAGCUACUCCACACUUUUAUAGCAAAUGGAAAUAACAAGUGUCUGCAAAGGAUCUUUCACCCCGGAGUGGUUGUGGCCAAGGAUGAGCCAUGGUACAAACUCCCUUCCCCUUCAGAGAACUGUUGUGUUGCAAUACUUGACAUUUCUAUGGCAAGGACACCAAUUCUUCCUGUAUUUCCGCACUGAAUUCCUGGAGACAACCCCCUUCUCCAGCCCCUCGUGCACCUGUCUCAUUCUGAAAUGCAUUUUAUGCCCUGAAGGGUUUUGGGGGUUGUUUGGGUUUUUUUACUUUGUUGUUGUUUUUUGUUUUUUUUUUUUUUUUUUGUUGUGCUGUUUUGGGUUUGUUGGGGUUUUUUUUAAGUCUAUUCAAUUGUGAUUUAGCACUUUUUUUGAUCCUAGUUCAUUAUUUAAUUAGGGCAACGAUUUCAGGAGGUGAACAAAUAAGGAGUUAAAUUUUGGGCAUUAUAUUGAAACAACCCAAGGAUAAAUCAUACCAACCUGAGGAUGGCUUGGCCCCCCCAUCUCAGUCCAGUAUCCCCCAAAUCCCACCAUCUCAAAGGUGCUGUGUGCUUCCUUUUCUUGUAAAUUACCAGAGUAUUGACCAGCAGUUUGGGCUGUGACUGAUGGGUUUUCACCCUCAAGGGAAGAGACACCAAAAUGCUUGUGAUUUGAAUUCUCCAGAUGCAAAAAUGUAGCUCAGCACAUUUGCUGUCACCUGGCCAGGCACUGCAGGGGUUGGGGAUGUGGUGCCCUGCUGCUUUACUAGAAUGAUGUGCCCAAAUAAUUCCUUUUUAACUCCAGUUGCUGCUGUAUGUCAGGAUUUCAUUUAGCCUCUCUAGCCCAUAAGGCUGGGAGAGAAGUGAACCAUAAUCCCAAGGGCAUAGACCUGUAAAUGAUGAGGAGGGGGAAGUUGGAGAUUUAUUACUAUUAUUUUUUAAGUUGAUGAAUUUAGGAGACCUAACAUUCCUUGUUAUGCAUAUGUUGCAAUUCAUGCUGGUGUAAGUGUAAAUAUUUGGUGUGUUGGCAACAAGUCUUUCUUGGAGAGAUUGCAAAUUGAACCUCUGCUUGGGAGGAGGGACACUUUUCUUGUCUUGAUGCAUGAGCUUUUUGAAGGUUGGCUUGGAGGUGACGUGGUGAUGAAGACUCCAAUCUUCAGGGGACUGGGCUUGGUGGCCCUGGUGGCCCUUCCCAGUCCUGUGUGUAAAUCCUAUGGUUGUCUUUAGUGAUCCAGCAGUUCUUUAGCCAGAUACUUUCUCACUUUGUAGGCAAAGCAAUUGGUUUUUUGUUUGGCAAAGCAUCUCCCCUUUCUCAUUUCAGUGGGUUUUCUCAAGGUACUUGCAUGUUGGAGACUCUGAUCCUGGACCAUGCCAAUGAUUUCCAGUCAUCUGCUCACCACCCCUUGCACAGUGUUUUGGCACUUCCUCCCUGCAGGGUUUUGUGGUAUGGGGAGGAAAAUGCCCCAAAUUUCUGGUGCUGAAUAGGACUUUGAAUCAAAAUGCAUCUGCUUUAUUAGAACCUGCCUGGGAAAAGGUGGUGCUGCCCUGGGCCUUGGUCCCCUUUUUAAAGGACAGAUUGUAUUUUACAGGCUUUGGUUUGUGCAUGGCAUGAGUCCAGGCUGAGAGCUCAAGACAGGUAAACUAAGAUGCAUUUGUUGUCUUUUUUUUUAUAUAGGAGGGGAUGAUUUAAUUGUGGGGUUUUUUUUAAUUGAAGCUGCUUUAUCCUUUUUAAUUUUGUAUUUACAAAAAAAAAAAGAAAAAGAAAAAGCUAAUCUUAGCUGUUCAGCUGUCUUUGAACUUGCUUUGGGAUUGUUUUUAGAAGAAAUGAUGCAACUUUUGUGGGGUAUGUGCCUGUCCCCCUCCCAGGGAGACAAGACAGCACCUUCAGGGUGUAUGUACCUGUAGUGAAAAGUUUGCACCUUCACCAGGUUACUGAGACACAGACCAGAUGCCAAAUAGUCCCUGGAAACACGUUACAGUUCUGGGUGCAGCUGAAGUGGAGCCAAAUUGCUUUCAUGCUCCUUCCCCCCCCCACUUCAGAAGUUUCUAGCAGCAGAAUUUCCCCUGCCUUCCUCCUUCUGCUCACAUCAUUGCCACCCAGUCAGAUCUUUUCUUCAGAGCAAGCCCAGUGUCUGCAAGGCUGUCUUGUUGCAAAAGGUCUCCCUUUUAUUCCCAUAUUGGCAUUUCUUACUGCUUUUGUUUUGUUUUGUUUUCCCCAAAGGAAGUAACUGUGCUGCUCUUGCAAAGUCAAUCUAGCUCAAACAUUUUUUCUUACCCAUGGAAGAAUAACCUGAGAUUCCCUGACAGGGCAGAGGGACAGUCAAGUUCAGUUUGCAAUGUAGACAUUUUUUGCUAAUUGUGAUGUAUGGCAGUGGGACUGAUUUGUAAUACAAAUGUUAUUUAAUCUGUCUGUAUUUUGAUACUUGAAUUUCCUUUUAUUUUCUGUAUAUACAAUUGUUAAUCUGUUCAAAUUUUGUCUGAAUUUUCAACAUCUUGUGGUACCAAACAUAACCAAUCUGUGCAACAACAUAGACUGACCUCACAACAACAACAAGGCGAGAUUGUAAAUAUUCCUGGGCUUCCAGCAGUCGUUUUGUUGUUUUCAUAAUUGUACAACUUAGAACAGACUGAAUUAAUAAACCAACUUAGACACAAGUUCA